AUGGCCACAGUGGAAAAAAAUCAAAUUUUGGGUAAAUUACCUAGUUUUGACCACGAAAAUGGUUCGUGGAGUAUUUAUAAGUCGAAGUUGCAGCAGUUCUUGAUCUGCAACCAAGUGACAAACGAAAUUCAAAAAAAAGCAAUGCUGGUUACGUCAUUGGAGGAGAGGAGUUUUAUGCUGUUACAGAAUCUAUUGAGUCCAAAAUUGGUGGACGCAGUAGAAGUCACUUAUGAACAAUGUGUAAAGGUAUUGGAAGCACAUUUCAAGCCAGUGACAAUUGGUUUUGCUGAGAGGUGCAGAUUUUAUGGCGCCAGUAAACAGCAACAAGAAUCGGUAAACGAUUGGGCAAUAAAACUGCGAAAUUUAGCUACACAAUGCAAUUUCGGUGAACACCUUGAAAUGGCGUUAAGAGAUAAGUUUAUAAUGGGCCUUGAAAGAAGUAUAGUCAAGGACAAGUUAAUGUUAGAGUCAGUAGAAACAUUAACUUUUGAAAAAGCGGUACAAAUGGCGAAAGCAGCGGAAUAUAGCCAACAGCCGUUAGAAGCAGCAGUUAAAGAGGAAAUAUUUUACAUGCGAAACAACACAUCAAAUAACGGGCGAUACAGUGCAGCGCAGCCGCAGCGACGACAUGGUCAGCAGCGCAGUGAGAAAUGGCAGCAUGAUAAUGAGAGACAGCAGAUGCAAAAAGAAGAAGUAAAAAAGUGCGAAGUGUGUGGUGAAGAAUUAAGAAAUCAGUUUGCAAAGCUAUUCGACAGUAAACUAGGAUGUUUCACAAAAGGACAAGUUAAGUUGUCAGUAAAAGCAGGGUCGGUUCCAAAAUUUUUUAAACCCAGGCCGGUGCCAUUGGCAAUUAAAGAUAAAGUAGAAAAGCAAAUAAAGGAUUUAGUAAAUAUGGAUGUGUUAGAACCGAUAGAGUUUAGUGAAUGGGCAACGCCGAUAGUACCUGUAUUAAAAAAGAACGGUCAGGUGAGGAUUUGUGGAGACUUCAAAGUAACAGUAAAUCCAGUCCUAAUUGUGGACAAAUAUCCUUUGCCACGUAUUGAAGAAUUAUUUGCAAAGUUACAGGGAGGUGAUGAAUUCACUAAAUUAGAUCUUACAAUGGCAUAUCAACAGAUGGAGUUGGAUGAAGAUUCAAGAAAAUUGACCACCAUUUCAACAACUAAAGGGUUGUUUCAAUAUAAACGUUUAGUCUACGGGUUGGCAUCCGCUCCGGCAAUUUUCCAAAAAAUUAUGGAAAAUUUGUUGCUAAAAAUUGAGGGAGUAGUUGUUUUUAUUGAUGAUAUACUGAUCACAGCAGGGAAUAGAGUUGAACACGUUAAACGAGUAAAACAAGUGUUAAGUGUUUUACAAGAUGCAGGAUUUUCAUUAUCCCUAGAAAAGUGUAAUUUUUUCUGUAAAAAAGUGGAAUAUUUAGGUCAUAUUAUCGAUAAAGAGGGGUUACAUACUAACCCUGAAAAAAUUAAGAUGAUCAAAGAUAUUGCUUAUCCAAAAAAUCUGAAAGAGCUUCAAGCAUUUUUGGGAAUGAUAAAUUUUUAUAGACGCUUUUUACCAAAUCUGGCAAAUAUAGCUUCUCCAUUGUAUGACUUAAUGAAGGGAGAUAGUCAGUUUGUCUGGACAAACGAAUGUUCUAAAGCAAUAGAUAAAUUAAAGAAUUUAGUAAUAGCGGAUAAAUGUCUGACACAUUUUAAUCCGGAGUUUGGAACAAAGUUAACAGUAGAUGCAAGUCCGAUUGGCGUGGGAGCAGUACUUUCACAGGUAGCGCCAGACGGUGUUGAAAAGCCAAUCGAAUUUGCUUCAAGAAUUUUGAAGCCAGUAGAAAGAAAGUACUCUCAAUUGGAUAGGGAGGCAGUAGCUAUUUUGUUUGGUGUUACCAAGUUUCACCAAUAUCUAUAUGGACGUAAAUUUAUACUUGUGACAGAUAAUAAACCCUUACAGUAUAUUUUUAAUCCUAAAAAAGGUAUACCGCAGAUGGCGGCAAACAGAUUACAACGUAUUGCGUUAGCAUUGUCGGGUUACAAUUUUCAGGUUGAGCAUAUCAGAUCAACACAAAAUGUAGCAGAUUACUUUUCAAGAUUUCCGUCCAAAAUCUACUGUGAAAAUAAAUGGUUAGAGUCUGAUGUGUAUUUUAACUAUGUUAAAGAAAGCAACAAAAUUCAGUUAGAUUUAGAGUUAGUAAAAAAAGAGACUGAAAAAGAUAAGGUGCUACAAAAAGUUAAAGAGUAUAUUCUUAAGGGUUGGCCAAGCAAAUGCACAGAUGUAGAUAUGGAACAAUAUUUUAGGAAGAAGAAUGAACUAUCUUAUGAGCAAAAUUGUGUUUUCUGGGCUUAUCGAAUUGUAAUUCCUAAAAGCUUACAACAUAGGGUAGUGGAAUUAUUACACUCAUCACACAUGGGAAUAGUGAAAAUGAAGUCUAGGGCAAGAGAAUGUUCUUGGUGGCCAAAACAAACUAAUGAUUUAGAAAUAGCAGUUAAAGGUUGUGAGCCAUGUCUUAAAACAAGGGCAGAUCCACCUAAGCAGGAAUUAAAAGUAUGGAAGUGGCCAGACAAACCUUGGAGUAGGGUGCACAUUGAUUUUUUUGGACCAUGUUUUAAGCGAUGGUGUUUAAUUAUAAUUGAUGCACAUACCAAGUGGAUUGAAUGUAUUGACAUGGGUAGAAAUACAACUAGUAAGGCAGUAAUAGAAAAAUUGCAGGAUGUUUUUGCACGUUUUGGACUGCCACAUGAAUUAGUGUCUGAUAAUGGAACUGCAUUUGUAUCCAACGAGUUUAAAAUAUAUUUAAAGAAUUGUGGUAUUAAGCAUUUCACAACUCCGGUAGGGUAUCCUGCAACUAAUGGUCAGGCAGAAAAUGCGGUUAAAACCGUAAAAAACGCGUUAAAGCGAAGUCUACUUAAUGUUGAUUCAGGACAUUUUAAUGUAGUAUUAAAUAAAUUUUUGUUUGAUUAUCGUAAUACUAAACACUGUAGUACAGGUAUUGCGUCAGCUACGUUAAUGUUUGGUCGGCAGUUGCGGACAAAACUAGAUUUAUUUAAUCCACAUAGAAAAGUUGAAAUAAAUGUAAAUGUUAACAAAAUAGUAGAAGAAAGUCAAAACAAGCAAAAGAAAUAUUAUGGAUCGAGGAACAAUAGGUUCAAAGAAAAUGAGGCCGUGAUGGUAAAAGAUUAUUCCAUACCAGGCCGAGUAAGUUGGGCAAAAGGCUAUGUAUCUAAAAAGUUAGGAAGACAGAUAUAUAUAGUUAAAACUGAAAAUGGAAAAAACUGGAAAAGACAUGCAAAUCAAAUGAUUGGUUGUAAGAACAAUUUUCAGGAGGAAGAAAAUAGGUCUAAAUUAUUUAAAGAACCAAUAGUUGAGGAAAAUAUUGGUAGUAAGGCAAAAGAUAUUGUAAGUCAAAAUGUGGAAGAAAAUAUUGUAGAUCAGAAAGAAAAAAUUAAUUACAAGUAUAAUUUGAGAACACGUAAAUUUAAAGAUAACAUGAAACAAUUGUAA